GUUCGCUUACCGUCGGUGAAGAUGAAUGAAAUUGCAGCCGCGUGCAUUGGCGUUGGCAUCCUAUUUGGGCUUCACAGCUGGAGCGAAAAGAUGAAUGCUAAGGGUCUAGCCAGAAUUGCCCAAAUAGACGAGCUUAAAGGAUUGGGGGAUCUUCUGGAAAAGGAGCCAUUAUGCAACCCUAUUGUUGCGAUAUUUGGAACAGUUGGAUCAAACUCAGCCGUAGAAACUACCCGUAGUGGCGCUUUGUGUGUUUUUUCUGAGGAAACCGCCACAAUUAAUUAUAAUUGUACUGAUUCAGAAAGGGAUUCUAAAAGGGUUAUGUUGUACAGUAACGAGGUUUCUUGGUAUUUGGAUGACGGUACCACUCGGGUUUCUGUUACGGGAGCCAAAUUUGCCAUGGGAUUUUAUGAUACCCUAAAUAAAUAUGUCUUUACUGAACCAGUGAUGGAACACUUUGAAAGGUUUUUUUCUUCCAAGGACGUCAAGUUUGUCCCAAAAAGCUGUUGUGAGCGUGUCCUUGAGAUUGGUAAGCCUUUGAUGGUUAUUGGUAAGGCUGAAAGAGACAAACAUGGGGCUCCCACCAUCGGACGUGUCUAUAAGGUCUCUAAUGAACGUAUAGACUUUGCUGAAUUGGUUUCUGAUUUGAAAUCAAAAUCAGAGCGUUGUCGGAAGGUGUUCUUGUGGUUAACUGGUAUCGGUGUGUCUAUUUUAGCUGUGAGCGUACUCAUAGAGUUCUCCAAGUAAAAAAAUGACUGCGACGACUAAAGCUUAUAGAACUUCUUGCUUUUGGAAUGGUUUGGUGGUGUUUGGUUAACAUAUACUCACUGAUAUUAUAUGUUAAUAAUGAUUAUGGGUUUUACAAAUCUUGUUGACAAUUUUGGUUGGUAGAUUUUCUGUUCAAAUUUCUUUGCUUCUGGAACUUAAAAGCGAUGAAUGUCAAUUCCCCAUAUUGAAAUGAAUUCAAAGUUCGAUUCGAA